CACACUGCUGGUCAAAACUGUCUGUCCGUGUUCAGUGGAGCUGUAUGUCGAUUGCUUUGAUGGCAGGUUUUACUGAAAACACUUAUGAUACAGUUUGGAUUGCUCUGAAGAGGCUUGAUCUCAAUGAAAGCAGGGCCACAGCCUUGCGAGAGGUGCAUAUGCCAAGUGAUGCAAAUGUAGCCACUGUAACACAAAUUUUGGCUCAUUCUUUCAGGCUUGAUGAGUCUCAGACAACGUUUAAGAUCAGAAAUAGUCAUGGAUGUUUAAUACCUUUAAACUGCAGGAUGCCUGCAAACAGCAAACAAAUGCCAUAUGUCCUUGAAGUAGCCAAAAACUUCCAAAAUGUUAAUCCAAGACCCAGAAGUAUUCCCAUGAAUGUGAUCAAUAAAACAAUAAAGCCACAACUACAGAGCAUUUUGAAAAGAAUUGAAAGAUUAGAAGAUCUGUUGCCUAAAGUCAAACAAAAACACCAUGAAAAGAUUUCAACAGAUAUUGAGUUUCUGAAUCAAAAGUUGCUGUUUCUUCACAAAAGAAUGCAGACGGCUGAAUCUUAUUGCUGGGAGGGGAUGCUUAGAAGAGCUCCACUGUGGUGAAUGAAGGCUCUAUUGAAUGAAGUCUGGUAGAGCUAAAUAAUAAUCACAUUUAUCUUUUGUCUUUAAUACAUUUUUGUGAGGUUUUGUCAUUUUCGGAUCAUAAAUGGUCAGUAUAAGAUAUAAUAUAUAAAUAGGAUAUAUCAACAAUACUUUCUAAUUAUUAAGUUAAUUUGAGCAGUUAUUGUGUAAAAAAAACAUGUUCAACAUGAGGAUUUUUGGAUAGAUAGGAAUGUUUGUUCAUGAUUGAGAUGUUUGGAUUAAAUAAAACUUGACACCACACAUGA